CACGAGGGCAUUUUGGUAAAUAUAAAAAACAACGAGAAAGAACACGGAAAUGGUUAGAAAAAAGAAAGCUAUAUCUGAGGUCUACUGAGUGCAAAAAAAUAGUGUGUUCUAGAGAGAGAAAAACCCGGAAACCCUAGUUUCUCUCUCUAGAAUUUCUCACACAACCCAUCAACCAUCUCUCAUAUAUUCGGUUUCCUUCUCCAAAUUCACAAAAAAUGCACAAAUUGGGUAGAGGUCACCGGGACAAAGUCCAGCAAUUCAUGGCAAUAACUGGGGCAAGUGAAAAAGUUGCUCUUCAUGCUUUGAAGGCCAGUGAUUGGCAUCUUGAAGGAGCAUUUGAUGUAUUUUACAGUCAGCCCCAGAUUAAAGCAUUUACUGAUUCUAGACAUUUGGAGGAGCUUUACAGUAGAUAUAAAGAUCCAUAUGUUGAUAUGAUAAUGGCUGAUGGCAUCUCCGUCCUUUGCAAUGACCUUCAGGUGGAUCCUCAAGAUAUUGUUAUGUUAGUUGUCUCAUGGCACAUGAAGGCUGCCACAAUGUGCGAAUUUUCAAAACAGGAGUUCAUUAGUGGAUUGCAAGCAUUGGGGAUAGAUUCACUGGAGAAAUUUCGUGAGAGGAUACAAUUCAUGCGUACUGAGCUGAAAGAUGAACAAAAGUUCCGUGAGAUAUACAACUUUGCUUUUGGCUGGGCUAAAGAAAAGGGUCAGAAAUCUUUGGCAUUGGAUACUGCAAUUGGUAUGUGGCAGUUACUAUUUGCUGAAAAGCAAUGGGCGUUGGUUGAUCACUGGUGCCAGUUCCUACAGGCUCGACAUAAUAAAGCAAUCUCUAGGGACACCUGGUCUCAAUUAUUGGAGUUUGCAAAGACUGUGGAUCCUUCACUGUCUAAUUAUGAUGCUGAAGGAGCUUGGCCGUAUCUCAUUGAUGAGUUUGUGGAGUACUUGAAUGAGAACAACAUCAUCCAAAAGGGCCAGCCGAUUGACUGGAGCCUAAAACGGUGAGAACUCGUGCAAUGGAGGUGUAUGUUGUGGAGUGUUCUAUCAUCUUUCUUUGUGUGUUGUUUUAGGUUGUGCUGCUCCCUUAAUUUACUCUUCAUUUUCAGAAUAAAGAGACCAACAAAGGAAAAAUAAGAACAAAAGACACCGUAAAUUAUGAAACAUUUUCUCUUUACUGACUUAA